AGAAAAACGACUAUUGCAGUUCGCAGGGUUACUUAUAGCCGCUCUUAUUUUCCUGCCGAACGUUGGUCUGUGGUCGUUAUACCGAGACCGAGUUUUUGAGAACUCGCCAGAAAUAGUGGAGGGACCGGGUGGCAUCCCUCAAAUACAGAGCGCUCCAUUGACUCUAGUCUGACCCAGUGCUAACCUCACUGCUCUCUCAACUCGUGGCCGAUGGACAUCCUACCUGACACCAACUGUGACCCCUCCUCCCCUACCGAGAUGGAAUUGAGACAUUGUGAAGCAGUGUUUCCCCUAUAUGAAUUCAGCAGAUAUUUAAUAUUGUCUUUAGGCUAACUCUUAUGUGUGAAAUGAGUUUCAGGCUGACUGGUGUAGUUUGUUUGCUCAUCAACUUUGAUAGUCAAGAAUAUGUUUUGCAUGUUUUUGUUUCCUUUACAAUAAAUGGGAUAUAGUUCUAGUAAAUAAGACUGUCCUGUAACAGCUUCCUUUUACUAAGUAAAAGGUAAGAGAAUGGUACCAACCUGCAAGGCGCGUGGUGAAGUUAUUAACGUGAACACCAACGCUAAUAAAUAGGCAUAACACAAAGUCAUCGCCCAUUCAUCCAUCUGUGAUUCAUUCAGUAAGGAGAGGGAGAGAGACUCAUUAGCGCCUGGCUGGGUACCAAAUUCCUACAUCUCAUUGUCUUGGCAGGUUAGUUGGGAAUAGGUGUGGGAAAAAACAAGUUAAAAGGCUCUAAAUACUUGAUUUCAAAAUUGUGACAACUGAGCAAUGUAAAAUACAAACAUUUAGGAAAAGUCAGGGAAGUGGCAGGAUGUUUUUUUGUUGUUGAGAUUAUUAUUAUUUACUCAAUCAAAUGUCAGUGGCCAUUGGCCUAUGCCAGUUCUAGUGUUAAAGUCAAAUGAGUUUUUCCAUACUUGAGUUCCUUCAUUCCCAUUUUCCACUUCUGCUCUGCUCUCAUAAGAACAGUUCUCAAGCCUCUGAAAAAUGCUGACCAGCAUAGCAGCACGGAGUAAACGUCCGGCCCCAGAAGGAUGCCCAGGUGGGGCGGGACGGCAUGCGGAGGAAGGACUGGCACGACUACGAGGCAAUCAGGAGAGAUGCUGCUCGCUCUGGUAACGGGGAGCAGGGUAAGCCCUUUCCUCUGACGGACACUGACCGGGUGGACCAGGCCUACAGGGAGAAUGGGUUCAACAUCUAUGUCAGCGAUAGGAUCUCCCUCAACCGCUCUGUCGCAGACAUCCGGCACCCAAACUGUAAACAGAAGCUGUAUGGGGAGAAGUUGCCCAACACCAGCAUCAUCAUCCCAUUCCACAACGAAGGUUGGUCGUCCCUGCUCAGGACAGUACACAGCGUGCUCAACCGCUCUCCCCCUGAGCUCAUCGCUGAGGUCAUACUGGUGGACGACUUCAGUGACAAAGAGCACCUAAAGGGGUCUCUGGAGGAGUACAUGGUGCGGCUGCCCAAGGUGAGGAUCCUGCGCACCAAGAAGAGGGAGGGUCUCAUCAGGACCCGCCUGCUGGGGGCGGCGGCGGCCAAUGGAGAGGUCAUCACCUUCCUGGACUCCCACUGUGAAGCCAACAUCAACUGGCUGCCCCCGCUGCUGGACCGUAUCGCCGAAAACAGGAAGUCCAUCGUGUGUCCGAUGAUCGACGUGAUCGACCACGACAACUUUGGCUAUGAGACGCAGGCGGGCGAUGCCAUGCGAGGGGCGUUUGACUGGGAGAUGUACUACAAACGCAUCCCCAUCCCCUCGGAGCUGACAAAAGAGGACUCUAGCGAACCCUUCGAGUCUCCUGUGAUGGCUGGCGGACUCUUUGCCGUGGACAGGAAGUGGUUCUGGGAGUUGGGAGGAUAUGACACGGGACUGGAGAUCUGGGGAGGAGAGCAGUACGAAAUCUCUUUCAAGGUGUGGAUGUGUGGCGGGCGUAUGGAGGACAUCCCGUGCUCCAGGGUGGGUCACAUCUACAGGAAGUACGUCCCCUACAAGGUCCCUGGCGGGGUCAGCCUGGCGAGGAACCUGAAGCGAGUGGCCGAGGUAUGGAUGGAUGAAUAUGCAGAGUACAUCUACCAGCGGAGGCCAGAGUACAGGCACCUGUCAGCAGGAGACAUGACAGUGCAGAAGGACCUGAGGAACAGCCUCAACUGUAAGAGCUUCAAAUGGUUCAUGACAGAGGUGGCCUGGGACCUACCCAAGCACUACCCACCUGUGGAGCCCCCUGCCGCCGCCUGGGGAGAGCUGCGCAACACAGGCAGUGGCAUGUGCAUGGAGAGCAAACACUUUUCGUCUGGGUCGCCCGUCCGCCUGGAGACAUGUCUGAAGGGGCGGGGUGAGGCCGGGUGGAGCCAUGGACAGGUGUUCACGUUUGGCUGGCGGGAGGACAUCCGGGUGGGGGGCCCCAUGCACACAAAAAAGGUCUGCUUCGAUGCCAUCUCUCACAACAGCCCUGUCACCCUGUACGACUGCCACGGCUUGAAGGGUAACCAGCUGUGGCGCUACAGGAAGGAUAAAAGUUUAUACCACCCCAUCAGUAACAGCUGUAUCGACAGCAACCCCACAGAGAGGAAGGUGUUCAUGAACACGUGUGACCCCAGCGUCCCCAGCCAGCAGUGGGUGUUUGAGAAGACCAACACCACCAUCCUGGAGACGUUCAACCGCAAUAGCAACUGACACCUGUAGGGGUCAGCACUGAACCUGAAUACCACUCACUCUGGAACUGUGUUCUUUCACUAAGACAGAAGUGGGAUGUUGUUACUCUAAAGGGGUCAAGGGUGGAAGGAAGUGAAGGGGGGUCAGGGGGAAGCAUUAGCAUGGGCAAGCCAGUCUAGAUGCAUCAGUUAUUGGGCGAUGGAGAAGAGUUGGUGCCUGAGAGUUUCUCUCUGUGGUUGAAAGACUGGUCUUUCGAUGCGGUGAUGGUGUCUUCCUGCGUUAGGGGGAUUAGGUCUGUCACAGCACGGUCAUUCUGGCGGUGGUCCAUCUCAUUUCUGCUUCUCUGUGCCUCUCCCAAACGACUCUGCCCAUACGUCCGUCUCCAUCACCCCGUGUGAGUGUGUCUCUUGCUCAGUCACUUUCCCUCCAUUCCCCUCAUGUGCCGCCCCUGCUCUGACAGCCCCCCCUGAGACUCCCGCUGAGCCAAGCCCAAACUGACACACUGUGAAGCCGGCCAGACCCAACCACUCUGAAAAGCACCUUGUGUUGAUUCUUGUUUUUGUUUUCUUGUUAUGCUCACUUGGCUAGCUUUUUCUCUUUCUUGGUUUCCCCUCUAUAGCAUUGAUCGAAAGUGGAAUUGCGCAACAUCUGUCCAAAUGAAGAGGGGUAAGAAAAACCUCAUCUUUUAGGACGUGUAUUUUGUUUUAGCUCUGAAUGAAUAAUACUUUAGUAGCAGCACUUUGUCUCAGCACUCUUAUCUAUUCGAAGGACUGUGAUUUGAUGCCAAUGAUUUGUCCUUAGAGGGAACUGUAAGGACUACUAUCAUCAGUUUAUUUUUGUCCCAUCACCUGAACAGAGGCUCCCGCUGCCUUCUGGGAUGAACCCCAGCACUCUCUGGAAUUAUAGGGUAUUAUAGGUGGUUUAGAUGCAUUAAGCACUUGCAAUGAUAAACUUGAAUAAAAAUCGUAGUGCCUUGCUGGAUGAGAGCAGAAGUAAAUACGGCCUGGUCUGACUCGGCCUGGCCUGGUGCCCUAUUCCAGUCGUCCUCCUCCUACACUGUUUCAGACUGACUGACAGAUGUUGGAGAGAGAGAGAGGCAAUCUGAGGUGACACUGGCUCUUAAUGAAUGGGGUUCUACAACAGUAAUGUAUUUGUAAUGUUAGUUUUUUGCUAGUAUCUUCAGCUAUUCACUAUGUGUUCUCCUGCCUUUCAAAGUUAACCGUUUUCUGAAAAGACCCUCUUAUGUUCAUGGCAUGUCACCAACAUGCCAAUUUGUUGUUUCGAGAUCUACAAUGGACAUUCAAGCAUUGAUUAGUAUUGAAUUCCUGUUCUUGUUGUGCGUUUAGAUUUUGUAGCGUUAUGACCUCUUACUCAGCAUUUGUUUUCUUUCAGUUUUUUGUCUUGGCUUAGCCAAUGAGUUGUUUGUCUAUAAAAUGCAAUUCAGUUUUGACCUGGGCGUUGUUCAGAAAGACUGCGUACAUUGCCUGCUGUGUAGUUAUGUUCCAUUCUUUGUGUGUGUGUUUUUUGUUCCACUCUUUUCCUCUGAAAUAAUUCCAAGGUAGAGCGCUUGUUUAGCCUUAGGUGUUUGUCUGCUGCAAAAAAAGUUAUUAGGGCAAAACAUUGUCACCUUAAGGCAAAGCGGGAUGUGAUAUGCAUGAUGCAACGAUCACACCCUUCAUCAGUCAAACUCUCAUCCUACCCCUUUCAGAAAUUGAUAAAAGUCAAAUUAGCAUUAAAAAACCAUGUAGCUUUUUGUUGUUGUUUGAUGGAACUAAUUUGAGUACACUACUAGCCUGUAGCGUAUGUGUUGUAGAUUUUGACUGGCCAAGUGAAUCAUCAAAUAGUUUAGACUCAAACAACGGCAUUCUUCCAUGCAUUGUGGAGAAAAUGUAUGGAUAUUCAACAAGACAUCCAUGUGGCACAUUAGUAUGAGAUGCUGUACAGUGAGGCUUUAGUUGUGAAGCAUCUUUGUUGCUCAGUCAUGUAACACUGUAUGUUUUUUCUCCUUAUCAAACUGAAAUGUAGCUAGGACUGGCUGGGGAAUCCAAAGUUGGUUACUUCCAUUGGUUUCCCUUUCCAAAAAUGUUUAGUUUUGUCCCGGCAAGUAAGCGGCAUGUAUGGAAGACUAAAGCUUUUAAAUAUUAUGAUAAAAAUGUCCGAAUCUAAGUUGUGUAACUUUUUCCAAGACAAAAUAUUCAUUUUCUAAUUAUUCCAGCUAAAUACAUUUCACAAUUAUGCUUACAGAAUUAUUAUGUCUGUACCAGAGUUGUAAUUUAAGCUGAUUAAUUCUCUCAUCUUUUACACUAAUAUUGUAAGUGUAAAUGGUCAAAUCCUUAACACAGUUUAAAUUACCAUUAUAGAUCUAAGACUGGAAUUCAAUCAAACCAGGACUGGUAUGGUCAAUUUUACAAUUUCCAUUGGGUGAAAAAUCAAACCCGAUUUUGAUUUAGUCCUGCUUAUUCUCUUGAUGCAUUGUUUGAUAUUUUCUUUCAAAUGCUCCACCGGUUGGUCCAUUACUUCCAAUGUGUUCACUGCUCUCCUGAUGCUAGAAUGAUGGGUCGAAACAUGUUGAUGUUCAAGCAGUAAAGUUCUGUUUGUGUCUGAGGGAAUAUAAACACGGUUGUUUGACCUGUGGAUAUAUAAUCAUCUUGCAAAGGUGGUAAGAAUCCCCCAAAUCCAUGGCAUUUUCUUAUUCAGUUUAGAACAAGGAUAUUUGCAGUACAUUGACCCUGUCAAUUGCACAUGUAAAAGGCAUUUGAUUGUCAUAUGAUUUAUAACUUGGGAUGGAGGUGGUGAAACCUUUUUUAAAUUGUGGUUUUCAAUAUUUUAUAAAGUGCCAUUUCUUUUCAUGAUCUUGUUUGAAUUAAAUAUUCAGCUAAAAAUGUGAAGACAAUAGUUAUUUUUUUAAUUAAAUUUAAUGUCUAAAGGCCCAUUGCAAUUAAAUAUGAUUUUCCUGUGUUUUAAAUGUAUUUCCAGACAGAUUGGAAUAAUACUGUGAAAUGAUAAUGCCCAUUUAUCGUAAGCUGUUUGAAAAGACUGCUUGAAAUUUCAGCCUGUUUUGAAGGGAUGGAUUUUUGCCCUGCCUGGCAACAUCAUCAGGAGGUCGGUUUAAGUUAAUAGAUCAAUAACAAAGUUUCAAACCUCUCUACCAAUAACAGCUACUUUUCAGGUUACAUUAGGUUAGUCCAAUUGGUCCUUCACUCAGACCACUCCCAGACAGUCCUAGCAAAAUUCUUGCUUGAGAAAUUUCUCUUUGUUUAGAAGAUAUUUUUUAGUACAAUUUUAAUUCAAAACAAUCGCAGUAAGCUACUCAAUUGUUACCCAGAAAUUAUUUGAUAUUGAGAUAAAAAUGGUUGCAUUGAACCUUUUUUAAAGUUGCAAUAUGUAGCUUUUUGGGCAACCAGACCAAAUUCACAUAGAUCUAUAACUCAUAUUUCUAUCAUUCUACAUGAAAGCAAGUCUAAGAAGCGGUAGAUCUGUUCGGUGUGCGUUAUUUCUAUGCUUCCGGUUAAGUUUUGUAUAUAUAUAUAUAUAUAUAUAUAUAUAUAUGCCAUUUAGCAGACGCUUUUAUCCAAAGCGACUUACAGUCAUGUGUGCAUACAUUCUACGUAUGGGUGUUGUUUUUCGUCUUUUACAUUUGGUUUUGUACACCAUCUUCAAACAGCUGAAACGACAACAUGUUUAGUUAUGGAAAAUAUAUUUCACAGCGGUUUAGAUGGUACAAUGAUUCUACACUAUACUAGCUUAUUUUGUCACACAAACUGAAAUUAGGUGAACUAUUAGAGUUUUAGCAACCUGCAUAGUGCAACUUUAAGACCAUUGUUGGUCAUUCACAAAAUUAUGUGUUCAUGUUUGUGCAAUUUUGAUAUGUACAUUUUGUCAAAAAUGAUAAAUAUUUUUUUUCUAAUGACAAUGACUGUAAAGGGGCGACAGGGUAGCCUAGUGUUUAGAGUGUUGGACUAGUAACCGAAAAGUUCAAAUCCCCGAGCUGACAAGGUAUAAAUCUGUCGUUCUGCCCGUGAACAGGCAGUUGACCCACUGUUCCUAGGCCGUCAUUGAAAAUAAGAAUUUGUUCUUAACUGACUUGCCUAGUUAAAUAAAGUUUUUUUUAAAACAUAUAAUUUAAAAAGUACAACUAAACUGGAAUUGUAUAUUUUUUGCUGAAAAUAAAAACGUUUAUAUUUGAA